AUGUAUUUUCGACGGUUCUUGGGAACCGCUCUAAGGUGGCCAAUUAGGGUAAGGUUUCAAAAAAAAUCGAUUCGGGAAAUGUCAAGGAAAAUUUUUGGCACCAUUUUCAAACGGAUCGAAACAAAAUCUUGAAAUUCAAAAAAAAACUUCACCGAAAUUUUGAAACAGUGAAAAAUUGAAAUUUUUUUUGGAACAUGAUUUUAUUCCGAAAAGAUAAAGUCUGAAUAUUAUUAUUUCUUUUCAUUAGAAAAUUAUGUGAAAAUUUUGAAACAGUAGAAAUUUUUAGAGAAAAAAAUAGCAAAUAUUUAUAAUUUUUGAGAUAAUUUAGUUUUUGACUGAAAAUCAAACAGUGAAAAUUUUCUUGCAGCAUAAUUUAUUAAAAAUCUUUGAAACAGUAGAAAUUUUUGGUGGAACUAUGAAAAAAAGUUUCUUCUAAAACAAUUAAUUUCAGGACGUUCGGGUCAGCGAGAAAACCAAAGAAUUGGAGCAAUUUUGGGCAAAACCUCUCAGUCAAGAUUUUUUGAGCAAAAAACAACAAAUUGGCUCAAAAAAUGAGAAGCAAAAGAAGUAUAUUUUAUCAAUGUUUCCUUAUCCAUCGGGUCGAUUACAUAUUGGACAUAUGCGGGUUUAUACGAUUUCAGAUGCGACUGCGAGAUAUUAUCGAUUGAAUGGUUUUGAGGUGGGUAUUUUUGAGUUUGACGGGAAAUUUGGAGCAUUUUGAGUGUAAAUAUGAUCAUGUUCCUUUACAUUUGAGUCCCAGCACGAAAUUAUACAUUUUAAAGGAACAUGCUCAAUAUAAAACUCAAAUGGAUCAGAGAAAAAAUAAUUUUGAAGUCAAAUUUCUGAUUCUCGUUAAAAUUCCAAUUAUUUUGAGUGUAAAUGUGACUGUAGACCCAACUGAAUAUUUUUCCAAAAAUUAAAAUAUUUCCACGUGACGUGAUGACGUGGCAAAUGUUUAUUUUCAAAAAAAUAACAAUUUUUGCUCAUUUUUACUUUAUUAUUUUGAGGAAAAAUGUGAGUUCGUUCAAUAUUCAAGUUUUUUGUGGCGAGACCCAUUUAAAGGUACAUUAAAUUUUUGCAGGUAAUUCACCCAAUUGGCUGGGAUUCAUUUGGACUUCCGGCUGAAAAUGCAGCCAGAAAUCAAGGAGUCGAUUCGAGAGAAUGGACUUUGAAGUAAGAAAUUGGAAUUAAUUUUCAAUCAAAAUUUAAAAAAAAAUUUAAAGGAACAUCGAAACAAUGCGCGAACAACUUCAAAAAACGCAGAUUCAAUUCGAUUGGGAUCGUGAAAUCUCAACGUGUGAACCCGAAUUUUUCCGAUGGACCCAAUGGAUUUUCUGCAAAUUGUAUGAAAAAGGAUUGGUGAAACGAGUCACGGCGGAAGUGAAUUGGGAUCCGGUUGAUAAAACUGUUCUGGCUGCUGAACAAAUUGAUAGCGAAGGAAAAAGUUGGAGAAGUGGAGCGGUGGCUGAGAAAAUGAAAUUGAGACAAUGGAUGAUUGAAACACCAAAAUAUGCGAAGAAAUUGCAAGAGGGAUUGAGGAAAUUGGCACCGCAAUGGGGAGAAGUCGCUGAUAUUCAGGUAGGUUACCACCUGGAUUUUUCGCGCUAAAUUAUUUGAAUUCUGAAAAGUUUUGAAGUAACGUUCUGUCACUAAGAUUCAUUCACAGUAAAAUGUCUACUGUUUCAAAUUUCACAUAGAUUUCUAAUGAAAAACAGAAAAUAAUCUUACUAUCAAAUUACUUUUUGGAAUAAAAUAUCACAAAAUGUUUUUCAAAUUUUCACUGUUUCAAAAAUUUUUUGAAGUUAUUUGGUUUUUAGGAUAUUUUAUUCACGAGCCCUGACCAAAAAAAUGUAUCCAAAAAAUGUGAGAAAAAUAUUUCUUGCAGGAAUUUAAUUUCACUGUUGAAAUUUUAUGAACCAAUGUUUUUUUUUCGAAUUUUCAAAUUUACACGUGGAUUUUUCGCACCGAAAUAUUUGAAUUUACAAAAAUUGUGAAGUAAAGUCUCGUCCUUAAGAUUUAUUCACAGUAAAAUGUUUACUGUUUCAAAUUUUAUAUAGAUUUCUAAUGAAAAAAAGAAAAUAAUCUCCCUAUCAAAUAACUUUUUGGAAUAAAAUGUCACAAAAAUGUUUUUCAAAUUUUCACUGUUUCAAAAAUUUAUUGAAGUUAUUUGGUUUUUAGGAUAUUUUGAUCCGCGACCCGUCGAAGUUGAAUUAAUUAAAUUUACAAAUGUUUUGGAAGUAAAAUCUUGUCACGAAAAUUCAUUCUGCAAAAUUUCUACUGUUUCAAAAAUUUCACAUAGAUUUCUAAUGAACAGAAUACUAUCAAAUAAAAUCAUCUCACAAAAUUGUUUUUCAAAUUUUCACUGUUUCAAAAAUUUGUUAAAUUUUUUUUGGUUUUUAAGAUGUUUUGAUAUGCGAUUCGUGCCAACUAGAAAUGUUUAAAUCAGAGUUUCAAAUUGUCACGUGGAUUUUUGGCAAAAUUGUCACCACAUAGCUUAUUUUCAGGCAAACUGGAUUGGAAAAUGCGAUGUUUGGCGAUUUUUGUUCCCACUUCGAGAUCAAGAAAACGGAAAAGUUCUCGAUGAAAAAAUCGAUAUCAGAAUCAAAGAUAUUUUUCAAAUUUCAAACGCCGAAUUCCUUAUUGUCAAUAAAAAUCAUUCGCUUGUAGCUGACAAGAAUUUUGAAACACCGUGUAAGUUAUUUUCGAGCGGCAGAACAAUUUUGAGCAUCAUUUUUUGCAGAUAUUUCACCGAUUCAAGUUUUGAACGGAGUUACUGGAAGAUAUAUGCCAAUUAUUGUUGUUGAUGAAAAUUACAAAAAUGAAAUCGAAAUGUUUAAAGAUUCAAGAAUUGGAGAUUUUGAGAAAGACAAAGAUCUAUGUGAAAAGUUUUCCAUCAAACCAUCGGGAAGGGUUUUGAAAUUGAAUAAAAAUGAUAUUGUUGAAUUGGCUGCAUUUGGUGGAUACGGAGGAUAUGAAACAUCGAGAACAUUGAGUGAUUGGGUUGUGAGUCGACAAAGAGCAUGGGGAACACCAAUUCCGAUGAUUAUGAGAGAAGAUGGAAGUGCGAUUGCGGUGGAGGAGAAGAAAUUGCCGGUGAGAGAGGGGUCAAGAGAAAAAUUUUAAAAUUUUCAUUUUUUAAUUUUGAGUUUUGGGUCAGAUUUAUAAGAGUUGAACUUUAUCACGACGGAAUUUUUUAUUUUUUUUUUGAAAUUCCACUGUUUCAAAAAUGUUUUGGAGAGGUUUGAAUUGUUUAAUGUCAAUUUUCUAACAAUCAGAAUUCACUGUUUCAAAUUUUAAAUAAAAUUGUUUCGAUGUCCGAUUUUUUGUUCAUUUGACGGUUCACUUUCUAAAAUAAAUUUUUUCAAACAUUUUUUAUAAUCCAGGUUUGAUUUGGUCCCAAAAAUUGUGAUAUUUCGAAAUUUUAUCAUAAAGUUAGCAAAUUUUCAUUCAUUUUUGUCAAAUAAAUUCCACUGUUUCAAAAAUUCUAGAAGUUUUGGAGAAAUUUGAAAUGUUUCAUUAAUAUUUAGUAUUUCCAACAUUUUAAAACAAUCGAAAAAUUACUGUUUCAAAGUUUAAAUAAUAGAGUUUUGUUAGAGAACUUUUAAUAGAGAAUUUUCUGUUGAUUCAAACAUUCACCCUAUUAUAAUAAUUCCAAAAAAUGUUUUUUUUUUUCUGAAAUUAAAAAUUUUACUGUUUCAAAUUGUUUUUAUUUACAAAAAAAAAGUGAAAUUUUCAUUAAUGCAGCCCGAGAGUUCUUUUUAUAAAAAGCAACAAUUUUUCAUGAAACUCGAAGAAAAAAAUUUCACAAAAUUCUUCAUUUUCUGCAGGUUCUCGGAUCACAAAGAGGUCAAACUACAGACGCGGGAAUUUUCGACACUGAUACUCUUGACACAUUUUUCGAUUCAGCCUGGUAUUAUUUGAGAUAUUUGGACCCGAAAAAUGGAAAUGAAUUAAUUUCACCCGCAGCAGCUCAAAAAAUGCCAGUCGAUGUUUAUGUUGGAGGAAUCGAACACGCUGCUGUUCAUAUGUUUUUCGCCAGAUUCAUCGCUUAUUUUUUGAAUGAUUUGAAAAUUCUACCGGAAAAUGAACCAUUUAUUGAUUUGAUUCCGCAAGGAAUUGUGAGAGGAAAGACUUUUAUCGAAAAAUCAACGGGAAAAUAUUUGAGAGCUGAGGAAAUCAAUGAAAAUGAGAUGGAUCAAGUUGAGACAAUUUAUGAGAAAAUGAGCAAAUCGAAAAAUAAUGGAGUGGAUUUGGCGGCGAUUUUGGAAAGCGAUGGAGUUGAUAUGACAAGGUUGAGAUUAUUGGAAGCCGCUGCUCCGCGAGCACCAAUUAAUUGGGGAGAAAGUGGUGAGCAUUUUCAGAUAUUUUAAAAUUACGGCGCCAAGAAUCCACGUGAAAAUUUACAAUCAAAAAUGUUUUUUGCAGAUUUAAAAGGAAUCAAAAAACUAUUGGAUCGAAUAGCGACAAUAACAUCAGAAAUGGUUGCAAAUCAAGGAAAACCAUUCAAAUCCGACAAGAAAAUCGAAGAAGAAAUCAAAGAAGCCUACAACUUUUUCGUGCGAAAUAUUGGAAUGUGUCUCGAAGUUUUGCAUUUACACAACACUGCUCUAAUGAGAAUACAAGGCUUCACAAAUGCGCUCAAAAAAAUUGAUGCAAUUUAUUUGGCGAAUAGUCCGGAAGGUCGAAAUGCUGUGCAAUCGCUCAUUAUUAUGCUCCAAGUAUUUUGUCCAAAUAUUGCGGCUGAACUUUGGGCUGGAAUGUGUCCGGAACAAGGCCUAGUUUCACAACAAUCUUGGCCUUUGGUUGAUUUUGAUGCGAAAAUUGAAUUUUUAUUGAUUGUUGAUGGAGUUUCGUGUGGAAGACCAAGUUUAGAUCGGAGAAAUAUUGAAGGAUUUGAAAAUGAUGAGAUUUGGAGAAUGGCCAAGGAAAAUGAACAUUCGGAAUUCUUAAGGUUAUUAGAGGAAAAUGGUGUUACAAUUGAGAAGAAGACUGUGACUUCGAGAAAUGGAUUUCAUGUAACUUUGUCGUUGAAUUUGGCUGGAAAUAAAGAGGAGAAUCGAAAAAUUAUUGGAAAUAUUUUGGAUACUUUGCAAGCUGAAAGAAGGAAAAAAGAGAAAAAGAUUAAGAAAAAGAAAAUUGCUAGUGUAUGA